GGUCUCAUGGGCUUGUCCUGCAAGCUGUUCCAGUAGAGCCGGUCCUGCCUAUACCCAGACUACGCAGACUGCGUAGGGCCCCACACGUCCAAAAAGGCCCCGCCCACCGACAAGUCCGCACCUGAGUUACAAAGUGUGCUCAUAUUUACUGAUAACAGCAGGCAAGAUGAAGCGCAGCUAUCCCUCAGGCCACGAAAAAAGGAAAAGAAAACAACACAAGAGUGAAUUGCAGGAACAACAAGCAGAUAUGUCUGCUGCCAGCUGUCUGAGAUCUGAAGAUCAGUUUCUGUGCUCCAUCUGUCUGGAUGUGUUCACUGAUCCAGUCAGCACACCAUGUGGACACAACUUCUGCAAAAACUGCAUCAAUGAGCACUGGAACAGUGAUGACCAGUACCUGUGUCCACUGUGUAAAAAGGUUUUCAACACAAGACCUGAGCUUCUCGUCAACACAUUGCUCUCUGAGGUUGUUUCUCAGUUCAGACAGGAAGCUCAACAGAAAGCCAGCAGCAGCAGCUCAGAGCAACAAGCUGCCAAACCAGGAGAAGUUCCCUGUGACGUCUGUACUGGAACCAAACUGAAGGCCCUGAAGUCCUGUCUGGUGUGUCUGACCUCCUACUGUGAGACUCACCUGGAGCCUCAUCUGACAGCUUUAAGCCUGAAAAGACAUCAGCUGAUCGACCCUGUGGAGAACCUGGAAGACAGGAUGUGUAUGAAGCACGAUAAACCUCUGGAGCUGUUCUGUAAGACCGACCAGACAUGUGUCUGCAUGCUCUGCUCUGUUUUAGACCAUAAGACACAUGAGUUUGUUCCUCUGAAAGAAGAAUAUGAAGGAAAGAAGGCAGAGCUGGAGAAGACAGAGGCUGAAAUUCAAGAGAUGAUCCAGAAGAGACGACUGAAGAUUCAAGAGAUCAAACACUCAGUUGACCUCAGUAAGGAAGCUGCAGACAGAGAGAAAGCAGAAGGUGUUCAGGUCUUCACCGCUUUGAUGGAGUCUGUUGAGAGAGGUAAAAAAAACCUCAUCAAUUCAAUCAAUAAAAAGAAGAAAAAAACAGAGAAACAGGCUGAAGACUUCAUCAAAGAGCUGGAACAGGAAAUCUCUGAGCUGAAGAAGAGAAGCUCUGAGGUGGAGAAGCUCUCACACUCUGAAGACCACCUCCACCUCCUCCAAAACUUCCCAUCCCUGAAAGCUGCUCCACCCACCAAAGACUGGACAGAGAUCAGCGUCCGUCCAUCAUAUGAGAGGACUGUGGUGAAAGCUGUGGCUCAGCUGGAGGAGACGCUCAGUGAACAGAUGAAAAAGCUGAUUGAGGCUGAGCUGAAGAGGAUCCAGCAGUAUGCAGUGGAUGUGACUCUUGAUCCUGAUACAGCAAAUCCUGAUCUCAUCCUGUCUGAUGAUGGGAAACAAGUUUACUGUGGUGAUGUGGAGAAGUAUCUCCCAGACAACCCAGAGAGAUUUUCUCUUUGUCCUGAUGUGUUAGGAAAGCAGAGUUUGUCUUCAGGCAGAUUUUACUUUGAGGUUCAGGUUAAAGAGAAGACUGAGUGGAAUUUAGGAGUGGCCAGAGAGUCGAUUGACAGGAAGGGACAAAUCACAGUGAGCCCUCAGUAUGGUUACUGGACUAUAUGGUUGAGAAAUGGAAAUGAGUACAAAGCUCUUGUUGGCCCUUCACGCCGUCUCUCUCUGAAGUCUCAGCCUCAGAAGGUGGGGGUGUUUGUGGAUUAUGAGGAGGGUCUGGUCUCCUUUUAUGACGUAGGUGCUGCAGCUCUUAUCUACUCCUUUACUGGCUGCUCCUUCACUGAGAAACUCUACCCAUACUUCAGUCCCUGUGAUAAUGAUGAUGGUAGAAACUCCGCCCCUCUGAUCAUCUGUCCUGUCAAUCAAACGGAGUAA